AGAGAGAGAGAGAGAGAGAGAGAGAGAGAGAGAGAGAGGAAGAGAGACAAGCAACGUUGAACAGAAGCGCGCGUGUUCGUUGGAGAAAAAGUCUACGGCAAGAAAACCCGAGAUUCAGCUAUGGGUCUGCGGGGGAUGCUGUACCGGGCCGCGAGAAACAGGCGGGUGUGGACGCUGGUCACGAUCCUGUUCCUCUUCUAUGUUAACAUCAUCCAGAUAGCCAACAUGACGCGGAGUGAAGAAGAGUCUCGGAGAUUCGAGUGGAGACAGGCAAAGGCCAAGCAAGCUGAAGAUUCGAAAUUCAAUUUUUUUCAAGACGAAAAUGACCAAGACGUCGCCGAUUAUAAUCAAGGUGACGAUAACGAUAAAGAUGAUGUUAGAUAUAACGGUUACUAUUAUCAGGAUGAUGAAGCCCAAGAAAUUAAGGAUGGUGAUUUUGAUGUGGGUGAUCUUUACAAGGAUGAGGAUGUUGAUGAAGAUGAUGAUAAUGAUCGUGAUCAUGAUGAAGAGGAGAAGGAGGAUGGUGAUGAUGGGUACUCAGAUAAUGUUGAUUAUGGCGACGCAGAGAACAGAGGGAGAGAAGAAGAGAACAAUAAUGUAGAUAAUCAAGAUAGAAACAAGGAGAGCAACCGAGAAGAUACAAAUGUGAUAAAGAUGGAACCAGCAGGAAACAUGAUAAAGAAAGAACCAGUAGAACAAAUGAUAAAGAGGGAACCAGAGGAAAACAUAAAACAAGAAGCUCACGAAGAAACAGGUGAUCACUCGGAAACGAAAAGGAAUAACGGCGAAGAAAUGAUAAUGUUAGGAGGAAGGAAAACAGGAGGAGACGACGAUAUUUACAACGGUUAUUACAACACAAAAGAAAACGUAAAAAAGGUGCUGUUAAUGACGUACCAGCGCUCGGGGUCUUCCUUCGUCGGGGAGCUCCUGACCUCCGGGGGCGGCGCCAUGUACGUGUACGAGCCCCUGUUCCUCUGGCGCGCCCUCCUGGGACCCGGAGCUGACGUGGGCGUGGAGGAGAGGGCGGCUAGGGCUCUUGGGGACCUCCUAGACUGCAAGCCUGAGGUGCUGUUAAUGACGUACCAGCGCUCGGGGUCUUCCUUCGUCGGGGAGCUCCUGACCUCCGGGGGCGGCGCCAUGUACGUGUACGAGCCUCUGUUCCUCUGGCGCGCCCUCCUGGGACCCGGAGCUGACGUGGGCGUGGAGGAGAGGGCGGCUAGGGCUCUUGGGGACCUCCUAGACUGCAAGCCUGAGGGAUUAAUCACCAGUGGAAAUGCAAAAUAG